CAGACGAAGCGAGAACAGCCGCUGCCGCCGCUCCGAACAGGCCUGCCUUUUGAAGGACUCCGGGCCUCCUCCCCGCUGCCAUCCUCACCAUGGCUCCCACGCUGGCCACGGCUCACCGGCGGCGAUGGUGGAUGGCCUGCACCGCCGUGGUGGAGAACCUGUUCUUCUCCGCUGUCCUCCUGGGCUGGGGCUCCCUGCUCAUUAUGCUGAAAUCCGAGGGCUUCUACUCCUACCUCUGUCCCAUGCCAGGGAAUGCCACCAGCCCUGCCCCCGUGGCCGCCAACCAGUCAGGCGUGGUGACAGUGGCCCCAGUGGGAACUGCGGAGCCGGGGGUGAUGCGGAUGAACGGCUGGCUGAUCUGCAAGGCGCAGGAUGAGAUGCUGAACCUGGCCUUCACCGUGGGCUCCUUCCUGCUGAGCGCCAUCACACUGCCCCUGGGCAUCGUCAUGGACAAGUACGGCCCCCGCAAGCUGCGCCUUCUGGGCAGCGCCUGCUUCGCCGUGUCCUGCGUGAUGAUCGCCUACGGGGCCAGCAACCCAGACUCGCUGUCGGUGCUGAUCUUCAUCUCGCUGUCCCUGAACGGUUUUGGGGGCAUGUGCAUGACCUUCACAUCUCUCACGCUGCCCAACAUGUUCGGUGACCUUCGCUCCACCUUCAUCGCCCUCAUGAUUGGCUCCUACGCCUCAUCGGCUGUGACCUUCCCAGGAAUCAAGGUGAUCUAUGACUUUGGGGUCUCUUUCAUCCUCAUCCUGGUGGUCUGGGCCUGCUGCGCCGGCCUUGUCUUCUUGAACUGCUUCUUCAACUGGCCUCUGGAGCCCUUCCCGGGCCCGGAAGACAUGGACUACACGGUGAAGAUCAAGUUCAGCUGGCUGGGGUUCGACCACAAGAUCACUGGGAAGCAGUUCUACAAACAGGUGACGACGGUGGGCCGCCGCCUCAGCGUGGGCAGCUCCAUGAAGAGCAGCAAGGAGGCGGCCGUGCUACAGGAGGGCCACAAGCUCUGCCUCUCCACAGUGGACCUGGAAGUCAAGUGCCAGCCGGACAGUGCAGCCUCCCCGUCGUUCAUGCACAGUGUCGUGAGCCCCAUCCUGCUGCUCAGCCUCAGCACCAUGUGUGUCACGCAGCUGCGGCUCAUCUUCUACAUGGGCGCCAUGAACAACAUCCUGGAGUUCCUGGUGGACGGUGAUCUGGAGACAGUGGGCCUGUAUUCCUCCAUCUUCGGCGUCUUGCAGCUGCUCUGCCUGGUGACAGCCCCAGUGAUUGGAUACAUCAUGGACUGGAAGCUGAAGGAGUGCGACGACGACGGCCCCGACGAGACGGAUGAAGCGGACGCCUGCCAGGGUGGCAAGAAAAAGAAGCGGCGGGACCGGCAGAUCCAGAAGAUUACCAAUGCCACCAGGGCCUUUGUGUUCACCAACCUCCUGCUGGUGGGCUUUGGGGUCACCUGCCUGAUCCCCAACCUGCCUUUGCAAAUCCUUUCCUUCAUCUUGCACACCAUCGUGAGAGGGUUCAUCCACUCAGCCAUGGGAGGUCUCUACGCAGCUGUGUACCCCUCCACCCAGUUUGGCAGCUUAACAGGGCUGCAGUCCCUUGUCAGCGCCCUCUUCGCCCUCCUGCAGCAGCCCCUCUUCCUGGCCAUGAUGGGGCCCCUGGAAGGAGACCCUCUCUGGGUCAACGUGGGGCUGCUUGGGCUGAGCCUGCUGGGCUUCUGCCUGCCGGUCUACUUGAUCUGCUACCGUCGGAGGCUGGAACGGGAGAGGCAGCAGCAGAGUGAUGACGCCAAGCUGUUCCUCAAGAUCAACGGCACGCCAACCCAGGAAGCCUUCGUGUAGGCCCUUCUUGCUGACUCUGAGCUCCCUCUGGCAGGCGGGCCCUGCACUUCCACCGGUGCAGCCUCAGCUCUUGCCUGGCCCUCCUCCCCUUCCUCCACCCAUGCCUGUGGCUCGUGCCCACGGCAGCCUCCUGAGCCAGAAGGCUGCUCACGUCUCUGUUCAACGGCACGGGCAAUUUCUACAAUGCUCACCCACACCCACACAAUUCGACGCCUCUUCUGCUUCCUCAACUGGAUUGUGGGGGCCCCUGUUCUCACAGGACCUUGCUGUUGUUGGCCCCAGAGAGGCCUGGUCCCACACGGGGGCUGCCUGCUUCACAAGUGGAACGGAAGCAAACCGACUUUGCCUGGUGGCCUUGAAUGGAGGGCGCCUGUCACACACACACCCGCCCCGCUUCUCCCGACACAAGGGCCUCCUUGCUUGUGUCUGUGCAGGCCGUGGAUCCUCUCCGUACACUCGACCAUGGGCUGCUCCAGAGGCCGCCAAGCGCAUCUCCUCCUGCUGCCUGAAGGAGGAGGACGCGGGCCAGGAGCAGCCAGAAAUGCACUGCAACCGGAAAUGAAUGUAUGGACUCUUCUGGAUGCCAAAGGAGGCUUCUCCUCCUGCUCUGCCCCAGGGAGAGAGGCGGGGGCGGUGCUGUACUUUCGGCCUCAGAAGGUGGAGUAAUGCUGAAUGUGCAAAGCCCCCCUCCCCCGCCUUUCUUUUACCCGGGGCUUCUGAAGAGCAGCGGCUGUAAACUCCCCAGCAGGGUGGGGUCCUGGGUACCCAAGCAUGUCCUGCAGUCCAGCUGGUCUGGAGCUUGGCUGGCUGGCUGGCUGGGAGGGCAGGGGGGUCUAAGCUGGCUGCUGAGCCGACUCUGCUGAGUGAUACUUGUGUGUGUGGCUGCCCUGGGGGCGAGUUACAGGAGGGCCCUCAAGUGGGGCAGCCUUGACCGGACCUCUUCUUCGACAGCACAUGCUGGCCGGAGGUGGGGAGGAAUUCCCUGCGACCCCCACACGGGGGUGGGGAGGGGAGAGAAGAGGCAGCCCAUGGCUAGGUCACCCUUGGAGAGCCAGGGCUCCUGUGUCACAGCUGCUACCAUCUUUGUGCUCCACGCUGACUUUUCCCUGCUGCCUUUCCUGUGAGGGACAGUUUCCCUACCAUUGGCCCGGCCCGGGCCGCUGGAGAAACAGCCGUCCCUCCCUGCCUCCAGCAUGGGCAGCCUGGUGGAGCCGCUGUGCCCCCUGGUGGCGAGAAGCCUCUUCGGGGGCAGGAAGCCACCAACUCUCCGGCAGCUGCCACGGCCCUGCCUGUCUUGUGUGCUCUGAAAGCCAGCCCCGCUGUCUUGUCUC